UGAGGGCUCUACUAGACAUGAUCUAAACCAGAUCCAGAUGCGGGUCUGACACCGGACCCCCUCCCACGUCGAGCACGCGCUUCCCCCCGCCGUCGAUUCUCUGCGGCCGCCGAGCAAGCCCCUCCCCGACUCCUCGCCGUCGGCCUCCCAGCUCGCGCCUCCCGCUCCUGACCCGUUCGCGCCUCCCCGACCCCUGCCGCCGACCUCCGCCGGCUGCGGCUGACGCCGUCGACAACUCCUCCCCAACUCUGCAGCCUUCAGCCUCCCGCAAGAAGAUCGAGGUUUAUACUUUUUUUCCAGAAAAUGCAGAAGAUUUGCGUUUCAUUGCAUUGAAAAGGAAGGGGUUUUCAGUUACAUCAUCCUAGGAGGCAAUCAUACAGUAUGAGGGUGUUGCAGUUAGUGUACAUCCCAGAUAGGAGCCUGAGGUGGUCAGGACAGAACAGUUGGUUACUACUUUAAAGCUGACACAUACUUGGAACAAUGCCGCCUCAUAAGAUAGAGACUGGCCACCAAGAUGUGGUGCAUGACAUCGCAAUGGAUUACUACGGGAAGCGUAUUGCCACUGCCUCCUCUGAUAACACAAUCAAGAUCAUUGGCGUAAGUGGCACCUCGCACCAGCAACUUGCUACUUUGAGCGGACACGAGCAAAUCGCAUGGGCUCAUCCCAAGUAUGGUUCCAUGCUUGCAUCCUGCAGCUAUGAUGGUCGGGUCAUCAUAUGGAAAGAAGGGAGUAAGCCCGAUGAGUGGGCACAGGCACACACUUUCAAUGAGCACAAGUCUUCUGUCAAUUCCAUUGCUUGGGCGCCUCACGAGCUCGGCCUCUGCUUGGCUUGCGGUUCGUCUGAUGGGAACAUUUCCGUGUUCAUGGCUCGUUCUGAUGGAGGGUGGGAGACGACGCGCAUCGAUCAGGCACAUCCAGUGGGCGUCACCUCUGUUUCCUGGGCCCCAUCAAUGGCGCCGGGCGCUCUAAUCAGUCCAGGGCCUUCUGGGCAGUUCGAGUACGUCCAGAAACUUGCUUCUGGUGGCUGCGACAACACGGUCAAGGUGUGGAAGCUCACCAACGGGAGUUGGAGGAUGGACUGCUUUCCUGCCCUUCAGAUGCACAGGGACUGGGUGAGGGACGUCGCCUGGGCGCCGAACCUAGGCCUCCCUAAGUCCACGAUCGCCAGCGCCUCUCAGGAUGGAACCGUCGUCAUCUGGACCGCGCCAAAAGAAGGCGAGCAGUGGGAAGGCAGGGUCCUGAAUGAUUUCAGAACCCCUGUUUGGAGGCUGUCGUGGUCGCUGACGGGCAACAUCUUGGCGGUCUCCGAUGGCAACAACAAUGUGACCCUCUGGAAAGAAGCCGUCGACGGCGAAUGGCAGCAAGUGACUACCGUCGAGCCAUAGAUGUUCCGCGUUCCGCCUCUAGUUGCGUUAGCAAUUAUCAUCAUGACCAAUGUAGUUUCGCCAUCUUGUUAUUUCAGUGGAUUUGAUUAUCAUAAUAACGCAUCCGGUGCUGCGAGUUACUCCCUCCGUUCCAAAAUAAAGUUAGUACAAAGUUGGGUCAUCUAUUUUGGAACGGAGGGAGUAUGUGAUAGAAUUGUGUUUGUCACCACCUUUGUUGAAGCAGGCGAUAUUUUCAGUACCAACAGUACAAGCAUCCUCGAGGGUUUUGUGGUCUAUAAUCUAUCAAGAGGUCGUUUGUUGCAACGGAA